UCGACUGUUGAUCCGGAAACUCACUGAGGGACAUACUCUUCCGCUCCGAGAUUUGUUCUAGUAAAUAGAUGAUAUUGAGUUACUAUUAAAGAUAAUAGUAUUAUUAAUAUAGUAACUUGUUCUACUGUCAAUGGUUCAACAUAUUAGACACACUAACAAUAGCUCGUUAGUGUGUCAAAGUGUUGGGAGUGGAAGUGAUCGUUAUUUUCCAUAUAUGCAACUUGAACUGUGAUCGAAGUAGCCUACGUCCAUGCAGGGUAUAACGUUAGGUCUACUAGGCUACGCCGGACAGUUGCUCUGUGAACAAUUUAGGGGAAAUGACAGGAAAGGUUGAAGGGAUGAAGCAGAAAAAGACUAAAUUGAAGGAUUUCCUUGAGAAUAUCAGUGUGCUGCAAUGGAUACUGACCUUCCUCUUAUUAGGUCUGGCUUGUAUUGGGUUGAUGGUGUACCUUAUGUUUACCUCUCUGUGGCCACUGCCUACUCUCUACUUCAUAUGGCAGUUGAAGGACUGGCACACACCUGAAAGAGGGGGCAGGAGAACUGCAUUUGUGAGAAACUGGAAAAUGUGGAAACAUGUAAGGGACUACUUCCCAAUGAAGUUGGUGAAGACAGCGGAGUUGAAUCCAAACAAGAACUACAUCUUAGGGUGUCAUCCUCAUGGGGUCAUGAGUAUGGGAGCCUUUACUUCUUUCAGCACUGAGGCCUGUGGCUUUAUGGACCUCUUCCCUGGGGUGCGCUCCUGCCUCUGCAUACUAGGUGGCAUCUUCAAGGUCCCCCUCUACAGGGAAUAUGCCAUGGCCACAGGUUGUUAUCCAGUCAGCAAGCCCAGUCUAGAGCACCUUCUGUCUAAAAGUGGGAAAGGCAAUGCGGUCGUAAUUGUGAUAGGGGGCGCUACUGAGUCUCUGCUGAGUCUGCCUGGGGUCAAUACUGUGUAUAUGAAGCAGAGGAAAGGCUUUGUCCGGGUGGCCCUGGAGUUUGGGGCUGACCUGGUGCCUGUCUACUCGUAUGGGGAGAACAAUAUCUUCCGCCAGGUGAUCUUCACAGAGGACAGUGUAGGCUGGAGGUUGCAGCAACUCUUUAAGAAGCUCAUGGGCUUUGCCCCCUGUCUGUUCGUGGGUGAAUGCUGGUUCUGGAUGCCUUACCACUGCCCUGUUACCACUGUCGUGGGUAGUCCUAUCCCAGUGCCAAAGCGGCCUUCCCCCACUCAGGAGGAAGUGGAUCACUACCAUGGCCUCUACAUGGAGGCCCUGGCCAAGCUCUUCCAUGGACACAAGGCCAGCUGUGGACUCUCAGACAGCCACGAGUUGCGCAUCAUUUAGACUGCUCCCACAAGGACUAUGUGAAUGACGAGAGUUGUCAUGGUGUCUUUCUGUCAGAUACUGUAGCGAACCUCCACAGUGAGACUACUUGAAUGAACAUAUUCCAACUCAGGAUCCAGCGACGUCCCAAUCAUUGAUCCCUGGAUCCACUAAGCUGCCUGGCUAAUAACUUUGGACUGUAUUUACUGUAAGGGAACAGUGCAUGUGCUUUAAUGUACCAAUAAUUUAACCACUUUGUUAAGGGUUUUUUCAGUUGUUCAGGUACACAACUUUUUUUUCUUGGGGCAAGCCGAAGUCGGUAACCCCUUCGUCGGUAGUCAACAGUAGGAUUCUUCAGUAAAAUCUUUGUCAUUCAGCAAGAGGCGACUCAUUUUCAUGCACAUUUUUUCAUUGAGAAAUACUGCACCAAACAUGUAAAAUGCGUGACUAAGAUCUCUUCUGCAAAAACGUCAAAAUUAAUGACAGAUUUCUUGAGUAAUCUUAGAUUAAUUCUGACUAUUUUGAGAAAGUGUAUACGGGCUAGGACUUUGGCUAGCCAACCAGCCGAAUUGAAGCAUACUGACGCUUUCCACUCGUCCAACAUCCCACAUCUCAAUGUUAUUACCCCCAAAAGCUGUUAAGUACAACACACCACAACUCAACAACUUUUGGGGGUAAUAAUAUGGAUUGAUACUGGCAAGAUGCACAGUGCAACAGGUAGAUAUUAUAUUUUUAGUAGUUGUAAUGUGUGUGUUAUAUAUCCAUCGGAGGUGGUGGUGGUACAGGUUGCCAUGGAGAUGAGUGGAAUGCCCUGCAGGAGUUGAGGCGGAGUUUAACCUCUAUAAGCCUGACAGCAUGGUGCCCUCUAAAGGCCUCAUUAUGCUUCAGUUUGGGUGGCACCUAGCCGAACCUAACGAGUGUGCUCGCAUACUCCAUUGUUUGAAAAAUGAGAAAAAAGUGGCAUGAGAUGCUGUAGCCAAUAUAUAUAUAUACUUUCUCAAAAUAGUUAGAAUUAAUCUAAGAUAACUGAAAAAUUCUGUCAUUAAUGUUGACGUUUUUGCCAGAGGGAUCUUAGUAACACAAUUGUACAUCUGAAAAAGAAUGCACCAAACAUCUUAGUUAAUGAAAAAAUGUGCAUGAAAAUGAGUCGUCUCUCAUUAAAUGACACAGACAUUAUUAAAGAAUCCUUACUGUUGACCAAUCACCGACGAAGGGGCGUAGACUUCAGCUCCGAACUUCGGCUCGCCUCCAGAAAAACAUUUGUGUUCCCGAACAGCAGAAAAAAACCUUCACCGAAGUCCAUAACGAACAUAAACGUCACAAAAUGUUGUCUUAAUUAAUGCACAAACUCUACUAAACAGUUUCGGCUGGGAAUCAUG